CAUGCUCGCUGCACGCACCUCGGUAAGGUCCGUCCACAAAGCUGAAUCUGAUGAAACUAGUUGUUAUGACGCUAGCAUAUGUAUGGUAGAAGCUGGCUGCAUCGUACAGUCACAGUACUGCUCACACUACCCAAGAUUGUUUUUUUGUCCAAUGCACAUGUUAAUUUAGUCUUCAAACAACUGCUUCAUACAGGGGGGGAAAUUAAAUCUGGACUAAGGAUUCGAGCGAUGGGUCCUACAAUACACGAGUAUUCAACGACUCCAGGGGGCAAGCAGACUACCCUUGAGGAUGAACUCAGGGAGAUCUUGCAGAAGAGGAUCAUGGUGUUGGAUGGUGGAAUGGGCACAAUGAUCCAGCAGAGAAACUUAGGGGAAUCAGACUUCAGAGGAGGGGAGUUCGGGGAUCACCUGAAAAGCCUGAAGGGGAACAAUGAUCUUCUGAGCAUCACCCAGCCUGACAUCGUUUAUGAGAUCCACAAGGAUUACCUACUUGCUGGUGCUGAUAUAAUUGAAACCAACACAUUCAGCAGCACCAGCAUUGCACAAGCUGACUAUGGCCUGGAGAAUUGGGCUUACCGUAUGAACAAGGCCUCUGCGGAUAUUGCCAGGAAGGCUGCUGACGAUGUUGCGACCCAGACGGGUGUCAAAAGAUAUGUGGCUGGAGCACUUGGCCCCACCAACAGAACGCUGUCAGUGUCCCCGUCUGUGGAAAAACCAGACUUCAGAAACAUCACGUUUGAUGCAUUGGCUGAGGCCUACACUGAGCAGACUAGAGGUCUGUUGGAUGGAGGGGUGGACAUCUUGCUGGUGGAGACCAUAUUUGACACCGCCAAUGCCAAGGCAGCUCUGUUUGCGAUCGAUAAGCUCUUUGAACAGGAGUAUGAAAGAAGACCCAUUUUUAUUUCAGGAACGAUUGUGGAUAAAAGCGGCCGCACCCUCUCUGGGCAGACGGGAGAGGCCUUCGUCAUCAGCAUGGCACACGCCAAGCCCCUGUGCAUCGGGCUGAACUGUGCGCUAGGAGCCAUUGAAAUGAGGCCUUUCAUCGAAGCCAUUGGAAAAAGCACCACUUCCUUUAUCAUCUGCUAUCCCAAUGCAGGACUCCCAAACACUUUUGGUGGGUAUGAUGAAACACCAGCGGUGACAGCCAAGCAUUUGAAGGAAUUUGCAAUGGAUGGAUUGGUGAAUAUUGUUGGUGGUUGUUGUGGAACUACCCCACAACAUAUCGGGGCCAUCGCAGAAGGAGUGAAGCAAUGCCAACCGAGAGUGCCUCCUACUGGCGUCUUCCAGGACUACAUGCUGCUGUCAGGUCUGGAGCCUUUUCGGGUAGGACCCUACACCAACUUUGUCAACAUCGGUGAGCGCUGCAACGUGGCGGGGUCUCGAAGGUUCGCCAAGCUGAUCAUGGCAGGAAAUUACGAGGAGGCGCUGAACGUCGCCAAGGUCCAGGUGGAGCUGGGAGCCCAGGUGCUAGACAUCAACAUGGACGAGGGCAUGCUGGAGGGCCCCACCGCCAUGACGCGGUUCUGCAACCUCAUCGCCUCGGAGCCCGACAUCGCCAGGGUGCCCCUCUGCAUCGACUCUUCCAACUUUGCGGUGAUAGAGGCGGGGCUGAAGUGCAGCCAGGGGAAGUGCAUCGUGAACAGCAUCAGCCUGAAGGAGGGGGAGGAGGAGUUCCUGCAGCGCGCCAACCUCGUCCGUCGCUACGGGGCUGCCGUGGUCGUCAUGGCAUUCGAUGAGGAGGGACAGGCAGCGGACACAGAGCACAAAAUCCAGGUGUGCACCAGGGCCUACCACCUGCUCGUCAGCAAGGUCGGCUUCAACCCCAAUGACAUCAUCUUCGACCCCAACAUCCUGACCAUCGGCACGGGAAUGGAGGAGCACAACCAGUACGCCAUCAACUUCAUCGAGGCCACCAGGGCCAUCAAGGAGACGCUACCGGGGGCCAGGGUCAGCGGGGGCCUGUCCAACCUGUCCUUCUCCUUCAGAGGGAUGGAGGUGAUCCGAGAGGCCAUGCACGGGGUCUUCCUCUACCACGCCAUCAAGGACGGGAUGGACAUGGGCAUCGUGAACGCGGGGAACCUCCCCGUCUACGACGACAUCGACAAGGACCUGCUUCAGCUCUGCGAGAACCUCAUCAUGAACCGAGACCCGGAGGCCACCGAGAAGCUGCUGCUGUACGCGCAGAACAACGCCAGAGGCGCCAAGAAGGUGAUCCAGACAGAUGAGUGGAGGGAGGGCAGUGUGGAGGAUCGUCUGGAGUACGCGCUUAUCAAGGGCAUAGAGAAGUACGUGGUGGAGGACACGGAGGAGGCCCGGCUUCAUUUCGACAGGUACCCCAGGCCCCUCCGCAUCAUCGAGGGGCCCCUGAUGAACGGGAUGAAGGUGGUGGGAGAUCUGUUUGGAGCGGGGAAGAUGUUCCUGCCUCAGGUCAUCAAGUCAGCCCGUGUGAUGAAGAAAGCCGUGGGCCACCUCAUCCCCUUCAUGGAGAAGGAGAGGGAGGAGAUGAUGGCCGCCUCGGGCUCCAUGGAGGAAUCGGAUCCCUAUCAGGGCACCAUCGUUUUGGCCACGGUGAAGGGGGACGUCCAUGACAUCGGUAAAAACAUAGUAGGCGUGGUCCUGGGCUGCAACAAUUUCAGAGUGAUCGACCUGGGCGUGAUGACUCCAUGUGAUACAAUACUGAAGGCAGCCAUUGAGCGGAAGGCAGACAUAAUCGGCCUGUCUGGACUGAUCACCCCUUCGCUGGACGAGAUGAUCUACGUUGCCAAGGAGAUGGAGCGCCUGGGGAUGAAGACCCCCCUCCUCAUCGGAGGAGCCACCACGUCCAAGACACACACGGCCGUGAAGAUCGCCCCGCAGUACAGCUGCCCCGUGGUCCACGUGCUGGACGCCUCGCGCAGUGUGGUCGUGUGCUCUCAGCUCUUGGACGAGAAUUCGAAGGAGGAUUUCUUUGAGGAGACCACAGAAGAGUAUGAGGACAUUAGACAGGACCACUACGACUCUCUGAAGGACCGCCGGUUCCUGACGCUGAACCAGGCCCGGGAGAGACGGCUGCACAUUGACUGGCUCUCUCAGACACGCCCAGUAUGUCCACAGGUGAUUGGCACCCAUGUGUUUGAGGACUAUGACCUGGGCAGGCUGCUUGACUAUAUCGACUGGAAGCCCUUCUUUGACGUCUGGCAGCUCAGGGGGAAGUACCCCAACAGAGGGUACCCUAAAAUCUUCAAAGACAAAACUGUUGGAGAGGAGGCCCGGAAGGUGUUCGACGACGCUCAGAAGCUCCUGACCAUGCUGAUGGACGAGAAGCGGCUGCAGGCCCGGGGCAUUGUGGGUUUCUGGCCCGCGCAGAGCGCCGGGGACGACAUCCACGUCUACGCCCACGACGCGUUCCCCCGCAGCGCGCAGCCCGUGGCAACCUUCUACGGGCUACGCCAGCAGGCGGAGAAGGAGUCCUCGAGCACGGACCCGUACCUGUGCCUGUCGGACUUCGUGGCGCCGGCGGACAGCGGCGUCCCCGACUACAUCGGCCUGUUCGCCGUGGGCUGCUUCGGCGCCGAGGAGCUGAGCCGCAAUUUCGAGGCGCAGGGGGACGACUACAACAGCAUCAUGGUCAAAGCCCUGGCCGACCGCCUCGCUGAGGCGUUCGCUGAGGAGCUGCACGCCAGGGUCCGUAAAGACUUCUGGUGCUACAGCUCGGAGGAGGACCUGGACGCGGCCGACAUGCACAGGAUCCGAUACGCGGGGAUCCGGCCCGCUCCGGGCUACCCCAGCCAGCCGGACCACACCGAGAAGGUCACCAUGUGGCGGCUGGCCGCGGUGGAGGAGAAGACAGGUAUCUGCCUGACGGAAUCCCUGGCCAUGACUCCCGCCGCCUCCGUCUCGGGGCUGUACUUCUCCAACCCCAAGUCCACCUACUUCGCCGUGGGGAAGAUCACCAGGGAACAGGUGGAAGAUUACGCUCGCAGGAAAGAGAUGCCCGUUGCCGAGGUGGAGAGGUGGCUGGGCCCCAUCCUGGGGUACGACGCCGACUGACACGCCCACAGGGUUGCUGGGAUACCGAGACGCCCCUGAAAGAGCUGUCGGGGUGCCUGGACUCAGCCCGUGUUUACAUAUCAACGGACUCUUACACUUGAACCCACCCCCCACCCCACUUUUAAAACGUAUUUAAAAAAAGACUGUCUCUCUUAAGAUCCAUUAGAUCUGUUUUAGAUCAGAUUUUUGUCUGAUAGUUUGUCACUAUCAAGAAAUUUACCUCUUUAAAAAAUGUUCUGAAAGACUUAAAAGCGUUCUUUAAAAGUGGUUUGUUAACAUCUGAAUAGUUUGAUCACUUUUAAAUUAUGUCGUUUUAUAAUGGACUUUUUUUGCAAAGGGACGAAAUCAGUAUUACCUGUCUUUGCUCAUUUGAUUCUUGUUAUUUCUGUGGUUCAAUUGAAGCAAAUCUGUUUACAAUCAGUAUAACUGACCGUAAGUGUAUUUGGUCAUUCCUUUAUUAUGAUAUCACUUGUUUUAGUUUACAGCAACGCUUAAUUCGCACAUGCAUUUCAGAUCCUUCAAGUUAGUCUGAAUAAUUUCAGUUUUUAGGCCAAAAUUGAAAAUGUGCUUACAACAGAAUGUGUGCGAUUACACUGCCAUUGCAGAAUGUAAUGGUUUUAUAUGAAAGACUGGUAGGGAAAUGUGUUCUCACAGUGUUGGUAUCAGGGUGCCAUGGCUUUCUUUCUCUAGUCUGCUCAGCAGUGAAAGCGUUUUAAAAAUGCAUUUGGCUGGAUGAUACUGUAAUGCACUCUUAUCCCCAGAGGGGGCACCCUUGCUCAACUGACCCAAGAGUAUCUCCCACUCACUUCCUGGAGGGCUCAAGUUGUUCUGGCUUAAAUCAAAUGAGUUCACUGCCUUUAUGUGCAUCUGUGUGCUCCUUAAGUUGAAAGUAAUGCCUUGUAGGGUGUGCAUACAGUCUCAGAAUUCCAGAAAAAUGCAUUAAAACAAGUUGAACUGAGGGAACUGAAUAAGUAAUUCAUGUGCGUAGAGCAAAGUGUUGUGUGCUCACAGCCUCUAGGAAGUGAAUAUGACAGCUCCCCUCAGAUGUUAUCAGACUGAUCCUGUGGUACGCUUAUUCCCUGUGGCAUAUGGACGGCGCACGCUGUUCAUACGUGUUUUUGUAUAGACUUCGUUAUCGUUUACGGUUGAAGUGCCAAACACUUUGCCGCUGAAGAAAAACACUACACUAAAUGCAGAUCAUUUUUUUAAACCUGUCUUUGGCGGCAGUCAAGUGUCUUAUUUGCAUAGGGAACUGCUUCGAUUCCCAUGGUGCUCUUUGUGUUUGACACGUCGCAUGACUGGCAGGAGUAAUCUGGCUGCGCUCGGCCCAGCCUGUUGAUUUAUAUUCCUCACAUGGCCAACGCAACAGGAGCAUACUUUGUCUUGUCUGUAGACUGAUGUCUCAUCGUUUAAAACCCAUUACCAGCUUUGUGCUGGAGCUGCGCAAAAUUGUGAUGGAUCGGCAUGAAUUCAUUUUAUUCAGUGACAAUUGCAGAAAUUCCACUUACUGUAAUAACAGUGUUAUGUUAUGUGACAAAUGGCCUCCAAGCCUUGUUCCAAUAUAGACUGUCAAAACCAAGGCGUCUCGUGUUUGUGUUCAGUCUUUGUGUUGUGCAUCUUGGUAAUGGUAUUUCUUUAAAUCGACUGUUUAAUAACCCAUGGAAUAACUGCUAAUUUAAGUCAUUAAAUGCGAAUGCCCAUGUUUGAUCACACACAUGCAUCAAGUGAAGGCGUACUCAUGCCUGCACACUUAUGCUGGAGUCGUGGACACAGGAGUAGGGCGGUAGUCGGAGUAAAUCCCAUGCAUUCGGUAUUAGAUGUUGUGUCCACAUCUUAUAACUGUAAUACAACGAAUACUGCGCUUGUUGUUUCGAGGUUUGUCGUGCAGCACCUUGUAACAUUUUUAAAAAGUCUGGAAUAUGAUCUUGGUGAUUGCAAAAACUCACGUGGAGAAGGACAAAUGAAAGGUGCUGUACUGAAGGACUCCUGGGUAGAAUAAGGGAAAAAGUGAUUGUGUACAGUUUUAACGGGAGUAUUGGUUUGCAUUCUGGCAAUAGUAAUUCAGUGCAGGAUGAGAGACCUGGUGGAUGGAAAUGGUAGUAUUGCCCUUGAAAGGUAAUGAAUGUUCACCCGAUGUCAUGUCAUGAUACGUUUUUAUUUUGAAUAAUUACAAUAAAAUACCCCAUUUAAAACCGUA